AACCAAGGCGUCGUUGACGAUGCACUGUAUCUCGGCGAGUUGCAAUGGUGGACGACAGAUGAAGAUAUACGACAAGUUGCCGCCAGGGUCGGUGUGAAUAUUGAGCUCAAGCACAUCACUUUUUCUGAACAUAAGGUCAAUGGGAAAAGUAAAGGCAUUGCCUACGUGGAACUCGGUGGCCAUGACAGUGCGGUCCUUGUCAAAAAGUGGCUGGAAGAGAACGAUUUAAACGGUCGAAGAGCACACAUCACAUUUGCACAAUCAGCGAAUGGUAACCCCUUCAGAACUCUUCCUAAGGAUCCCCCACCACGAGCGCAAAGCAUGAUGGGCCAGAACCGCGGCGGGGCGCAAGGUGGUCGCACCGAUUUCCGGCCCAACAUGAUGGGCGGAAACAUGCGUGGUGGGCAAGUGGGUGGUGGGGGGCCCAUGAUGAUGAAUCCCGGAAUGACACCCAUGAUGGGAAAUUCCUUUAUGAACCCACAAGGCAUGAUGGGUAUGAAUCCCGGCAUGAACUUCAGAGGUAUGAAUCCGAUGGGAUCCGGCGGUAUGAUGGGUGGCGGCCGGGGAGGCUAUAAUAAUGGAAUGGGGCAAAUGCGUGGGAGUGGCAACUUUAUGGGUGGAGGAAUGGGCGGUCUGCCCCGGGGAGGAAUGGGCAUGCAACAAGGUGGCAUGGGGAUGGGAGGUCACUUCAACCCAGCCUUCAUGGGGAUGGGCCAGGGCCCCCCUGCUUCCGCUCCCGAUGGACCCAAGGCUGCGAAACGGAGCCGAGUUGACGGCCCAUAG